AUUUUGGUGGUAUAAUGAGAUUGGCUUAUAAAUAGUAAGAGGGUGUUUAACAUUCAGUGCAAUAGUUUCUUGAUUUUGUGAUAGAAAACAUGAAAUCCUUCUUUGCUUUUCUCCCUCUUUUCAUACCUCUCUUGAUUUUGAGCACCACCGAUGCAAGAAAAGAUGUGGACGAGUAUUGGAGAGGAGUGACGAAAGAUCAACCUCGGCCAGAAGCAAUACAAAAGCUUCUUCGAGCUUCUCCAGCCUCAUCUGCCUCUAAUAAGAAAACCGAUUGUCACAUGAGCAAGAAUGUGGAGCCGAGAUCUGAUAUUGGUCUGCAAACAAAGAAAACAUUGCAUGAGACGUACUCUCUUCAAAAGUUUGAGCCAGUACCUGAUGUCUCAAUCUACCAUAACGAUAUUGUUCUUGAAGCCGAGAAACCAUCGAAAUCAUUUUUCAAGGAAGAACAUGAGUCGAGACCUGACGCGACAAUUUACCACAAUGAUGUUGGUUUCAAAGCCAAAAAGCCAUUAGAUGAGAAAUCAUUUGUUAACAAUUUUGAACCAAGGCCUGAUUUGUCCAUAUACCAUAAUUAUGUAGGUUUUGAAGUAGCGAAGCCACCAAAAAAGAAAUCCUUUCUCAGUAACUUUGAAGGGAUAGAUGACGCUACAAUUUACCAAGAAUAAUUAAGAGAAGGAAAUUAUUACUCUGCAGUCAUGCAGUGUGGAAUUAAUCUUGCAUUUCAUGCAUUGAAAAUUAGGAUAAUUACUGAAGUUAUAUGGUUUAAAGUAGUUGGUGUGUGAUUUGUAACAUAUUUGAAUAAGCUGUCCUAUAAGCUCCUGUUGUGUUCAAGCUAUGUAAGAAAUUAGGGGUGAGUACUAUUUGGUUUGAACUAAAUAAAUCGAACUAAAGUAUCUUAAUUCGAUGAUUUAGUUUGAUUUUUAAAAUAA